GGUUUGGGUGUUCUAGGUAGUGGUGCGGCUGCGGGUGGAACCGCUGCGGGCCCCCCCGUUGUUGGUAAGAAGAGAGAAAUAGAGCAAAAGGCUGCUGGUGGUGGUGAAUUGAAGCGUCGGAAGCUGCAGUCUAAAAGGGCAGCUCCGGCGCAAAAGAAACCUGCGGUUACUGCUGGUGAGUAUAACUUUUUUCAGUGUUUUGCACAACUUGUUGAUUAAUAGUUAUUGCUUUCUUUGCAUUGCAGAACCACAAGAUGCAGGAUUUUCUUUCUUUGAUGCUCCUUUGUCUCCCUCGCAUACCGCAGCUGUGGAUGCGGGGGUGCCAAAGGAGCCUGCGGCACCUUUUGUUGAGGUGAUUCAUGAUCCCACCGUGCAGGUGGAGAAGUCGGUGGAGAAGACUGCUUCCCAGAUUUUUGAUACUGUGGAUUCCUCCAACAACCUGAUCAGCCCAACUGAUGGCGAUGGGUUGGACUUGAGGUUUUCGGAUGCUGGGAAGCAGAAGUCGGAUGCUGAGCCGCAGAAAUCUCCAACUGCGGAGAAGGUUUCUGGUUCUGCAUCCGGGGGUGCGGGUUAUGAAGGACCUCCAAUUCAGCCUGGAGAGUCUGAGCUGGAGUACUAUUACCGCACGUACACCCCGGAGCGGAGUACGAGUUAUCAUCGACCCCCCUGGACUGUUAGGGGGAUGAUAUUUCCAAUAAUCCUUCUUCAUGCAAGGAAAUUUUGGGUGGUCUGGGCACCCCGUUUGAAGUUGAUCGCGCUCGUGCCGCAUCCUCUGAACUUCGCAUCAACCAACUCUCCACCAUGCUUGUGGGGAGUUCCAUAGUGGCAAAUGCUAUGGAAGACUAUAAGUUGUUGAGCCGGAGGGAGGAAGAAGCUGCGCGGAUGCGGGCGGAGGCUGAGAAGUUGGUUAGGGCUACUCGCGCAGGUGCGGAGCAGCUUGAAAAAGACAAGGCUGCUUUUGAGAAGCAUAAGCAGACUGAGGAAUGGGCUGCGACUGCCGAGCUUAAACAGGUGCGUACUCUUGCCAAGUUACUUUCUGAGGAGCGUAAGAGUUGGAAAGAAACCCUUUCUGCUGAGCGCAAGACAUGGAAAGAAUCUUGGGCUAAACAGAAUGAAAAUCUGUUUCGUGCUCGUCAGGAGUUGGCCAAUCUGAAGGCCGCAAAUGCUGCUUUGGCCAAGGAGAAGGCUGCGGCUGAGGUAGUUGCAGGCAGGGCUAAGGAAGAUGAGGCCCGGACCGCGAAGGCUCUUGAAGAGGCCAAGAAAGCGGGGGCUCGUGUUGCUAAUGCCCUUGAUGAGGCGAAUGCUGACCGCACUCGCCUAAACCAAACUGUUGUGAGCCUCCAGGCUGAGGUUCAGACCCGGGAGGUCGCGGUUAAAGACCUUACAGCCCGCGUGACUUUAGCGGAAGAGCGGGCUAAUGCGGCCGUUGAGGCCAGAGAUGCUCUGACUUCUUUGUUCCACCAACUGGAGGCUGACCGUGAGUGGAUGCGGAGUCAUGGCAUUGCACAUAUUGUUCAGGCCAUCAUGGAUGCUCCUGAAACCGCAACUGGCAUAGAUUUGAUCAAGCAGCGUGCUCGUGACGCUGGUUUCAAAGCUGGUUAUAGUCGCUGUGUCGGUCAUAUAAACAUCAUGUCGAAUGGCGGCUAUACUGACCAACGGUCCGGGUUCCGUGACGUGGACACCGAAGCGCUUCUUGAUGCGGCCGUUGCCUCCUUUUAUGAUAUGUCUCUCUCUUGUGUGGAGAAACUGGACGAAUGUUUAGAGGCCGCGGAUUAUGUGGACCGGUUGCGGAUGCUAUAUGCCGAUGCGGAAGAGGAGAAUCCUGCUGGUGGCGGCCACGAUGGCGCGGGUACCAGUGGUUCAAAAUAGGGUUUAGGUUGGCCUGUGUGCCCCUUUUUUGUUUUCCUCUUGU